ACAAUGGAUCCACAGAAUCAUUCUUUGGUGUCAGAAUUUGUAUUGCAUGGACUCUGUUCUUCACAAUAUCUACAAAACUUUUUCUUUGUAUUUUUCUCUAGUAUAUAUGUGGCCAUUAUGCUUGGUAACAUCUUCAUUGUUCUCACUGUAAUUUCUGCCCCCAACUUGUAUUCCUGUCCCAUGUACUUCCUGCUGGGGAACCUGUCUUUCUUGGACAUGUGGCUGGCCUCAUUUGCCACUCCUAAGAUGAUUAGAGAUUUCCUUAAUGAUCGAAAGCUCAUCUCCUUUGAAGGAUGUAUGGUUCAGAUCUUUCUCUUGCACUUUACUGGUGGGGCUGAGAUGGUGUUGCUAGUUACCAUGGCCUAUGACAGAUACGUGGCCAUAUGCAAACCCUUGCGUUAUAUGACAUUGAUGAGCCGGCAGACUUGCAUAAAUCUGGUGUUGGUUUCGUGGGUCAUUGGGUUUCUGCACUCUAUCAGUCAAGUAGCCUUUACUGUGAAUUUACCUUACUGUGGCCCCAACGAGGUGGACAGCUUCUUCUGUGAUCUCCCACUGGUGAUUAAACUUGCUUGCAUAGACACCUAUAUCUUGGGCAUACUUAUGAUUUCAGACAGUGGGCUGCUUUCCACCAUCUGUUUUCUCCUCCUGCUGAUAUCCUACACCGUUAUCCUUCUCACUGUUCAGCAGCAGGUAGCAGGUGGCGCUAGGAGAGCGCUCUCAACUUGCUCCGCACAUAUCACGGUAGUCACGCUAUUCUUCGGGCCUUGCAUUUUCAUUUACUUGUGGCCUUUCAGUAGGUUCUCCGUGGACAAACUCCUGUCUGUGUUUUACACUAUUUUUACUCCACUCUUUAACCCCCUUAUCUACACAUUAAGAAAUGAGGAGAUGAAAUCAGCUAUGAAGAAACUGUGGAACCGACGUGUGACUUUUCACUGA